ACGCUAUCAACUCCUGAUUCGCAUGGAAUACUUCAAUGGGACAAUACGAUACGCUGACUACGAUAAUUUUAAAGUUGACGGAAAUGAAGCGGACUACACAUUGAGCAGUUUGGGUGAAUUUUUUGGCGAUGAAGAUGGUGAACUCUGGCGCGGCGACAAUUUGCGAUGGCAUGAAGGCUUGAAAUUCUCAACGUUCGAUAAUGAGCAUGAUCUGUGGAAUAAGGAGUGUGCACAGAUUCAUAAAGGAGGAUGGUGGUACAAUCAUUGCACAGCUAGCAAUUUAAAUGGAUUAUACUCAAUGCACGGCAGCAAAUACACACAAAUGUAUUGGACACACUAUGUGCCUCUCAAAAGUGUUCAAAUGAUGAUACGAAAAUAUCAACCCAAAUAA